GCAGGUGACCGCUGCUGGUAAGUCUUCACUCCUCUACUCGCUUCCGGCAAGUCUUCACUCCUCUACUCGCUUCCGGCGUCCUUAUAACUAGUCCACCUGGCACGGGAUAGUAAUCCACCUACGCGCUUUCUCGCUUGCCUUUGCGUGCGCCUCUUUUAUUAUCCAUUGACUGCUCUCCCGCUCUGCGUUUUCCAAGUCCCUCAUUUGGGCAGCUCUAGAGGGGUCCAACCUACUUCUCGCCGACCGCAGUGGCGCGGGUGGAGCGGGCAGCAGGUGUUCGACAUAGUUUUCCCAUCGCUGUCUUCGUGUCUGUUAUUUGUCCAAGGGAAGCCGCAUUGGAAGGACAAAUUGCUUCCUUGCAACCAACCUGUCGAUAAUACAAGCUCACACAAGAGUGGAAGCUCGCCUACUUCAACACGCAAGAGAGAGAGAGAGAGAGAGAGAGAGAGAGAGAGAGAGAGAGAGAGAGAGAGAGAGAGAGUAUGGAUCCCGGAGGCAAGAUAUUCGUGGCGGGGCAUAGGGGUUUGGUGGGAUCGGCGAUAGUCCGGCGACUGAAGAAGGGUGGUUUCACGAACCUGGUUCAGAGGACUCAUAAAGAACUGGAUCUGGCUCGGCAGGCCGAUGUGGAGGAGUUCUUUGCCAGGGAGAAGCCGGAUUACGUGUUCGUGGCAGCUGCAAAGGUUGGCGGCAUCCAUGCGAACAACACUUACCCAGCAGAUUUCAUCGCUGUGAAUCUGCAGAUCCAGACCAAUGUGAUCGAUGCCGCGUACAAGCACAAGGUUAAGAAACUUCUUUUCCUCGGCUCGUCCUGCAUUUACCCGAAGGAAGCUCCUCAGCCAAUGACUGAGGACUGUCUGCUGACGGGCCCUCUGGAGCCGACGAACGAGUGGUACGCUCUGGCGAAGAUCGCUGGCAUCAAAAUGUGCCAGGCGUACCGUCUUCAGCACGGAUUCGACGCUAUCUCGGGGAUGCCGACGAACUUGUACGGACCGCAGGACAAUUUCCACCCGGAGAACUCGCACGUGUUGCCGGCGUUGAUCCGGCGCUUUCACGAGGCGAAGAAGUCGGGCGUGAAGGAGGUAGUUUGCUGGGGUACAGGGACGCCGCUGAGGGAGUUCAUGCACGCCGAUGACCUGGCGGACGCCGCCGUGUUCUUGAUGAACAACUACAGUGGGUUGCAGCACGUAAACAUGGGGACAGGCCAUGAGGUCUCCAUCCGCGAAUUGGCAGAGCUCGUAAAGGAGGCGGUCGGCUACGAAGGACAGCUUCUUUGGGAUUCGUCGAAGCCGGAUGGAACCAUGAGGAAGCUCAUGGAUUGCUCCAAGCUCCAUGGCAUGGGAUGGAAACCGUCCAUCUCGCUCAAGGACGGGAUCACUGAUGCUUACAAAUGGAAGGCUCUGGUAGUGAGGAGAUUGUGUCGAUAGCCUCAUCAACCUCAUAAGGCUAUUGUAGAGAUGAGAAUGUGUCGAUAACCUCCACAUCACCAUAAGCUUUUUCUUGCAUGUCCACUAGAACGAGGGAGCGAAAGCUGUUGUAUUUGAAGAUGAUUGGGUGUGGUUGCUGUCUCGGCGGGAACAGUGGUGUAUUCGGAUCUGAAGUCAUGCUGCGGAAUCUCUCGAUAGCUUCGGUAGGGUUUGAUCCUUUGGUCUUUUUCUCAGGCGAAGAGGAGCGAAGAGGAGAGAGGGCAUCGGUGUAGAGAAAGAGCGGGAUGUGGUAGUGCGUCGGUGAAGGCGUUAAAUAAUGGAUGGGACGUGAAAAGAGCGGGAGGUUUAUCUCAGCUGCAUUGCUGUGUGGUAGACGCGCAGGCGUGUUAAUAAACACAACACUAGUCCUCCUGGAUUCAAUAAUUUUAGGGGCAUUUCCCUUUUCAUAUAACAUGAAAGAGAAGUGAAGACGGCGCAAAUAGGGGAAUUUAGCCUUGCGUUAAGCAUUUCCAUUAGUUAUUGAGCAUAUAGACGACGUUGAUACGGAUGAUCGAGUGGACCAGGGUAGUCACGAUGAGUUCGGAUCGUCGUGUGAGGAGUUUGGCGGUCUCUUCUUGUUCUUUGUGCCUUGUUGGUACCUAGGGUUAAGAGUACCUCGACUGAUGUGCGGGUGGACAUCUGGCGAUUUGGCUACCCGAACGCGAAGUACCGUUUCCCAUGUGCAUUGGGACGGAGUUUUCCAUUUCUGAGGAAUUCUGGAUUUGAAUAAUGUGUUUGCCUACAGUAGAUUCUAUUUCCGGGAAAAAAAAAAAAGAUUCUGUUUCCGGAAAAAAGAAAGAAAAAAAGAUUCUGUUUCCGGAAGAAAAAAAAAAAAAAGAUUCUGUUUCCGGAAAAAAGAAAUGGCAAUUCUUUGGAAUUUAUACAUGGCCUGAGUAAUAGAGCAUUGCCCUGAAUUGA